GAUUAACCAGUCAACAGAUAAACACUUGGUCACCUUUCUUUAACCGCACCCAUAUUCUAGUCAGAGGACGUCAUGUCAAAUUAUGACGUUAUAUCUUAUCCGAUCCGUCAAAAUUCCAAAGCUUGCGUCAAUGUCUAGAAUUUUUUCAUGGAAAUUACAUUCUCUAGCAAUUCGAUUUUGGUAAUUAAUCUAAAAAUUGUGCUGAAAACUAGUGAAAGCGGGUCGAAUAGAUAAAAUAAAGAGUAACAUAUUAUUUAGAAAAUGAAGAAUACAUUUAUAUUACUAUUUGUCUUUUUGGCCACUCAAUGUUUGGCUAUAAAAAAAGAUACUACGCAGGAUGCACCAAUAAAUGUUCAUCACACUACAGUUCAGGAUAUUAUUGAUAUUAAUGGUAAAAAUGAAACUAUCCCAUCAGGCACUGAUGUUACAGACGCUAUACCACCACAACCGUCAUCCACAGACUCCACUAACACCACCACCCCCGCCGCCACCACCACUCCCAACCCUAAAACCACAACCACCACCCCCAUUACUCCCACUACAACUAACUCUACCACCCCAAUACCAACUAUCCCCAGUACCACUUCAAUAGCGCCUAACACCUCAACCACCACAGUGAAGCCUUCGAGUACGACGGCGAAGCCUACGCCUACGCCGACUCCAGGUCCAUCAACGACCAGCAAACCGGUAGUACCUACAACGGCUGUACCGGAGCAUCAUAGGAGGUUUGACGGUCCAAGUUUCAUUGGUGGCAUAGUUCUUGCCCUAGGAUUGGUAGCCAUCGGUUUUGUAGCCUUCAAGUUCUACAAAGCCCGCACGGAACUCAACUACCACACGCUGUAAUCGUCUCGUGAAGCUUACGAAGCACCACUUUCAGAGCAUUUAUUGUUUUCAGCGGGAAUAGGUUUUUGUUUGCAGUUGUUUGUGUUUAUUCUUAAACCUUCCAAAAGUUAUGCACUCUCGAAUAUUCUGAAAUUGACCAAAUGAAGUGCACUUGAAUCUCUUGAAGUAUCAAGGAAAAAAUAAAUUAUAGCUCAAUCAUCAGUUUGCUAUCCUCAGUAGUAUUUAUUUUGUAAGAGGAACUGAAACAGAUAAUGAAAAAAUUUGCAUACGUCCAGUUUUACAGACUUAAAUUAUCUUGGAUAGACUAUCUUUGGAUACUACCCUCACUAUUAUAGGAACACUCAUGAACAUGAUCAUAACUUCAGGAAGGUUUAAGUGUGUUUUUUUUUGUUUGUUAUUGUAUUGGCAACGAAGCUCACAGUUAUUAUUUCUACCAAAGAUGUUUUAGUAUUUUGUAUAGACUCUUGAAAUGCAAUAAGCAACAGAUAGCUUUUCAAAAGCCUGUUCUCGCAAAACCCACUAUAUUCGAAUUUGUUAUUAUACAUUUACCAUUAUUGUUUGAUACAACGUUAACUAUGUUAUGUGAUAAAUUGAUAGAUUGUUUCGAAUUAUUUAGAUAAUAUUGCAUCACACGAUGAGGAAAAUUGAUAUAUGUCUCAAAAGUCUGGAUUGCUCUCGAAAUAUUUAUAUAAUGUGAUUUUAUUGUUUAGAAAAUAUGUUUCGAAAUUUGGGUUAUAAUCGUGGAUUGUGUUUUAUUUAUCGAAAACACCAUCUAACCAGCAUUGAGUUUGAAAAUGUAACAGUAAAUAGUAUUAUCGUUAUUGUACAACAGAGAUAAAUAGUUAUUAAUAUUAGACGUCUUUUGUUGAGGGCCAAGUUUAGAUAUUAUUUUUCCAUAAUUUAAAUUCUUAUUAUGGUCAUGCUUGGUUCAUCUAGCCCCUGUAUGUUAUUUGUAAAGUUUGCAAUUUUUGUGCAAGAGGCUUUCCCAUACAUUUACAUACCUCAAUGCUGAAAAUCUCUAAAAAAUGAUUACUUGACUCUCUGACAGCGUAAGGUAUUCUACUUGAAAAUAUCCAACCUAACACUGUAUUCCCGAGUCCCAAAAUCUAUCCGAGAUAUGUAGCGUCGUCCAUAAGAAUUUUUCACAGCUAUAUUUCUAUGUUAAUAUAGUUGGCUACAGCACUUAUUAGUAGAAAGGUUUAUUUAAGACGUAUUACUAUAUAAACAAUACUAAAUAAUGCAUAACAAUAACAAAUUCAAAAUAUAUCGUCAUAUUUGCUAUUCUAACAUAGAGUUUCUGAGUUUUGGUUUCACUUCUUUUUUGCUAUUUUUUCGUUUUAUGUCUGAAUCUAAUUUGUUGAAAUCCAUUAGGCCUUAAUGGAAAACCGAUUUUGAAGUUAUACUGCUUUUUUGCGUUUAAAUGGAAAUCAUUUCUAGAAGUUGUGCAAAUAGGCAUGAGGCAAUAAAUCAUUUUUCAUUUAAUAAUAAAUAAAAAUUAUGACGAGGUGUUUAAUGAAAAUUUUAAUGUACUGAGCAUUUGAUUGAUUGGCGUAUUUUAUUUUUAUUUAGUAAACAUAUUCUCAUACAUUUAUUUUGCAAAAUCUGUAAUCUUUGUCAAACGUAAUCAUUAACCAGAUAUAGAACAUUUGCGCUAUACAAAAAAUUUACAGUGUUUAUUCAAAUUUGUAUUUUUUCCAGCUCACUCUGCCUCCCGUUUUUCCGUCUGAUUUAUUCGAUUUUUCAAUAAAAUAUUGCCAAAUAGGGCCUUUUUUCUACCACCACUUCGGGGCAUCUCAGCUACCUUUUUAAAACACACUAACAUUUAAACAAGAAAAGAUAUGAUAUAGGGACACGCAAUUUACUUAUGAACGUAUGGGCCUACUAUAAGUUAAGAAUUGAUGCGUCUCGCGUCAACUGCUCAUUAUAAAGAACACGAACACCAUUUUUUUUUGUGUGUCGUCGAGGAGUUUUUACUAUAAAUCUAGACAACAAAUAUUUCUGGGCGUAUAGAGAAAAAUAAUAAAAACAUUUUAUCCAAAAGUUCAUGAUUGCCAUAUUUAAGAAAAAAAAUCGUACAGAAGUAGCAAGAAAAUUAACGGUUUAAUCGUACAAUAUUUUUUUGAUUCUUCAAAAAGUAGAUUUCUAAUUAGUGGGGAAAGAAGGAACUUUGAGAAAUUGUCUCAGAUGAUGCUACAGUAUCUCAUUUCAUGUCGAGUAAUUUUUUGGAAGCGGGAAUAUAGUUUUAGGUUGGUUAUCUUCACAUAAAAUAUGUUAAUCAGUGAUAAAAGCCUGAAAUCGACUCUUGGGAAUCGAGUGUAUCUAAAUGAUUCACAUUUUUUAUCACACACAUAUGGGGCAAAAAAUGUUUCAAUGUGCGUCUUCAAUGAAUUGCGUGUCCAGUUUGAAAGUAUUUUCGAAUAAGUUGUGAUUGACCUCAUAAUUUCAAAGUCGCGCGUAUCUAGUCAUCAAACCAAACUAUAGUGUAAUAAAAACGUCAAGUAAUCAUUUUUUAUUCACAAUUUUAUUAUACAUUUUUUUCUGAUUACUUAUAUUGCAUUUUUUCUAACUUGAAUCAAGGGCUAUGUCAUGGUGUUUAAGAAAUUCACUGAAUUGUUUUAUUCUGUCCGAGAAGUGCUCUUAUAUAGAGUAGUUACAAUGAAUUACUAAAAAUCAUGUAAAAAUAAUUUACAAGGUGCGCUAGUCUAUUAGUAGUGAUUUUUUUAAAUAUUUCUCACCGUGAAUCAAAUUAUGUAAGUCACAUCUAUUCGUCGUUUUGUGGUUCAAGUAUCAAAAUUACCAAAUCAAGAUCUCUUGUAAGACUGAGCUAUAAUGAGAAGCCAUAAACAAAUUAUUAAUUGUUGAAUUUGCAAUUUUCUGAAAAAGUUGAACUUUAUCUACACAUUACUUAGAAUCAAACCUAAACUUUUUGUCGUCAAGAUUGUUAAUUUGCAUUCCUGGCUUAUGGAAUGACAGAGACUUUUUCAAUAACGUUAUGGCUUUUGAAUUAUACUGGUUUUAACCUAAAGUGGCAUACUUUUGCAGGUAUUUGAAGCAUAAAUUGACAAAUUAGGCAUAUUUUUACAGGUCUGUAAGGUUCUUUCUAAGGAUAUUUAAUAUAGUGUAUUUUUAACACAGUACAGUGUUUAAGUGUAUUUGUUCUUUUAAUGGUACAAUAAAAUUAAAAAAAAACAAGCGAAUUUUAUUUUUGACACUCCUCUGUUCCAAAGCUUAAGGUGUAGCACGUCCAUUUUCUUAGAUUUCUUUCCAACUUCCUGUUU